AUGGUGAAAUUCGGACACGGUUCUCAUUGUCAGAAAGCGGACAUUCUAACCUCUCGGCUUCAUCCAUCUAUCUAUCUAUCUAUCUAUCUAUCUAUCUAUCUAUCUAUCUAUCUAUCUACCUAUCUCUUUUUUUCUUUCUAUAUACUGGAUACUAAAUAUCUACGGUGGAUUAGCACUUAUAUCUUUUUAACGGUGUUUCUUGGUUCUAUCUAUCUAUCUAUCUAUCUAUCUAUCUAUCUAUCUAUCUACACACAGUCUGUUCAUUAUCUAUCUAUCUAUCUAUCUAUCUAUCUAUCUAUCUAUCUAUCUACACACAGUCUGUUCAUUAUCUAUCUAUCUAUCUAUCUAUCUAUCUAUCUAUCUAUCUAUCUAUCUAUCUAUCUUCAGAGGGAUUAUAAAUACACAAAUAUUAUCUAUCUAUCUAUCUAUCUAUCUAUCUAUCUAUCUGUUGUGGAGUGA